UGAAUGGCGGCUUAUGUUUAUAUUUUUCAAAUGUCAAAUACUGUCAUGAAAUCUGACAUAUGAAAAAUUUUUUGUCGACGGAUCCAUUGUAAUAAUGGCAUCUUUAAUGCUUUUUAAAAGUGCUCAAAUAGCAAAGCAACAAACUGGGGCAUUAGGUAUUGUAUGUUUAAGGGCUUCGUAUGCAACUGAUGGACCUCGACCAUUAAAAACAACAGAUUUAGCUGCCCUUAAACGUGGUACUGGUGGACGCAGCAGUUUUAAUGGUAUUGUUGCCACUGUAUUUGGAAACUCAGGAUUUUUAGGACGUUAUGUUUGCAAUAAGCUUGGUAAAAUAGGCACACAACUAAUAUUACCAUACAGAGGAGAUCACGGUGAAGUUAUUCGAUUGAAAGUUUGUGGUGAUUUAGGACAAGUUCUUUUUCACUUCUUUCAUCUAAAUGAUGAACAUUCCAUUAGAGAAGCUGUAAAAUACUCUAAUGUUGUCAUUAAUUUGGUGGGUCGUGAUUUUGAAACCAAAAAUUUUAAAUUUAAUGAUGUGCAUGUAGAUGGUGCUCGCCGCAUUGCCAGGAUAUGUAAAGAAAUGGGAGUCGAGCGCUUAAUUCAUGUUUCAGCUUUAAAUGCUGAUCCAUAUCCAACACCACAUAUUUUACCAAAUGGCAGUGGAUUUCUUAAAAGUAAAUUCCAUGGCGAAGAAGCAGUAAGAUCUGAAUUUCCUGAAGCAACUAUUAUUAGGCCAUCCGAUAUGUAUGGCCAAGAAGAUAGGUUCUUACGUUAUUAUGCACAUAUCUGGCGUAGGCAACUCCGUGGAAUGCCCUUAUGGUACAAAGGAGAACGCACUAUUAAACAGCCUGUUUGUGUAAGUGACGUAGCUCAGGCUAUAGUCAAUUGUUGCAAAGAUCCAGAUACUGCUGGAAAAGUUUAUCAAGCUGUUGGGCCAAAACGAUACCUUUUGAGCGAAUUGGUAGAUUGGUUCCAUCGUGUAAUGCGCAAAGAUGAAAAAUGGUGGGGCUAUUUGCGCUAUGAUAUGCGUUACGACCCAACUUUUACUCUGAAAGCUAAACUUACAGAAUUAAUUUGCCCUGGAAAUCCAAUAGGCGAAUUACAUAUGGAACGUAUUGAACGAGAAUGUAUUACAGAUAAAGUUGAAAGAGGUGUACCCACUUUAGAAGAUUUGGAUGUACAUUUAACAACAAUGGAAAGCCAAGUACCAUGGGAAUUAAGACCAUUUAGAGCUGCAUUAUAUUAUGACGCAGAAUUAGGUGAAUUUGAGGAUCCCAAACCACCUAAAACUGUCGAUCCACGUCUUGAAGCUUCAUUAUAUUAGAUCAAUUUUAUAUUAAAAAAAAUAUAUUAAAAUAUUAUAUUUUUAAAUCUGAAAAAUAAAUAGGUUUAAAAAUGUAA